AGGGAAUUAGUAUUCCGAGCACAGGGCGGGAAGCUGAGAGCGAGCAUCCAGCAAGGAAGGAGGAGGACGAGGAGGAGGAGGGUUAGGAAUAUUAGAGCGAACAGGAGGGUUGCCAUCAUUUGCUCCAUUUCUCUCCGACGUCGUCAGCGCAUCCCGGAGCGUGCGUGAGAGGAAGAGGAAGAAAGGGAAAGAGGUGGGAGGGAAAAAAAACACGCUGGGAAUGCUUGCCUUUGUCGCUGUCCCCCUCCACUCGUGUUUUUACCUGACGUGACGGCAGCAAGUGGCGAGAUUCGUGCACGUUCCACGGUGAUGUCAGGCAGCUUGGAGAGUCCUUCCAGGAAGUCGGUGCUGAUUGGCUGAUUGGUUUCAGCCCAAGGACUAAGAAGCAAGCCGCUUGUUUCGCUCUUUAGCAACGUGACAACAUGCUAAAGUCCAAGUGAGUCGGCGGGCUCGGUCACUCCUUGAUGGGCCCGUCAUUCCGGUCCGCGUGAUCCGGCCCCGACGUUCCCGGGCCGAGCCUCGUCUCUCGGGCGCUGCGCUGUGACUGGCCGAGUGCGGGCCGGAGUGCGAUGCGGAUUGGAGGAUGUCGGGCGACUGGGAUGAAGACUUGUGCAAGAAAGCGCUGAUGCUGGUGGAGGAGCUUUGCUUCAACUCGCCUCGCGGGCACAGCCAGAGCGAACUUUGCCAGGAGUUCAGCUACCUGAUCAGGGGACGCAACAGACAGCUGGACGCAGAGAUUUCGGUGAGCCUGCUGUCGGUGAUCGUGACGUUCUGCGGCAUCGUGCUGCUGUCGGUGUCGCUCUUUGUGUCGUGGAAGCUGUGCUGGCUGCCAUGGCGGGACAAGGAGGGCGGUGGCCUGAGCCUGACCUCGGGGCUUCUGCCGGGGAGCGCCGGGGUGGGCGGCGCCCCCGGUUCCUCCUUCCUACCGCCGCUGCUGCAGCGCAAGGAGGGCCAGUCGUCGUCGUCGCUCUACCCCUCGCUCGGCCAGCAGGGGCAGCACCACCCGCACUUCUCUGACCUGGUGGGGCUGGAGAGAGGCGAUGGUGGCGGCGGUGGCGGCGUGGUGGGUGGCCCUCAUGAGACACAGGAGCACUCCUACCUGGACAUGGACUCAUACCCCAACAACGCCGGGACGCUGAAGCUGAGCCAAACGUCUCCGGACGUGCCCAACUCGGAAGGGGGCGCACAGCCCCAUAAAGAUCUGCCCAACGCCGUCUCCCAGCAGCAGGUCACCGCCCGGCCCAAGCCAAUGACUCACCAGCUGUCCAGUCCCGACUUCCACGGCGAGGAGAAGGAGCAGGUGACCAGCAUCGGCCAGAUCAAACCCGAGCUGUACCGGCCCAAAGGUGACCAGGGUGACGGCAAGCAGGGAGAAGCCUGCGGCAAGAUCAGCUUCCUGCUGCGUUACGCCUUCAACACUGAGCAGCUGGUGGUGAAGAUCCUCAAGGCCUUGGAUUUGCCCGCCAAGGAUGCCAACGGCUUUUCCGACCCUUACGUCAAGAUCUACCUGCUGCCUGACCGCAAGAAGAAGUUCCAGACAAAGGUGCACCGAAAGACGCUGAACCCCGUCUUCAACGAGACAUUCCAGUUCGGUGUGCCUUUGAACGAGCUCCACUCCCGCAAGCUUCACUUCUCCGUCUACGACUUUGACCGCUUCUCCCGCCACGACCUGAUUGGGCAGGUGGUGGUGGACAACCUGCUGGACUUCAGCGAGGGCAGCGGAGACAAACCCGUGUGGAGGGACAUUGUGGAGGGCACGGCGGAGAAGGCUGACCUCGGGGAGCUCAACUUCUCGCUAUGCUACCUGCCCACGGCCGGCCGACUCACGGCCACCGUCAUCAAGGCCACCAACCUGAAGGCCAUGGACCUGACUGGUUUCUCGGACCCUUACGUGAAGGCCUCCCUGAUCUGCGACGGUCGGCGGUUGAAGAAGAGGAAGACGUCCAUCAAGAAGAACACGCUGAAUCCGACCUACAACGAGGCGCUGGUCUUUGACAUUCCCAACGAGAACAUUGAGAGCGUGUCCAUCGUCAUCGCCGUGAUGGACUACGACUGCAUCGGUCACAAUGAGGUGAUCGGAAUGUGCCGUGUCGGCAGCGACGCCGACGGCCCGGGGAGAGAGCAUUGGACCGCCAUGUUGGCCAAUCCACGCAAGCCAAUAGAGCACUGGCAUCAGCUUGUGGAGGAAAAAGCAAUCGGUACGUUUGUGUCGACGAAGGGCGAAGCGUCCCCCUCCUCCAAGCCGCACAUUGUGGUGGACAGUCCUCACUCCGAUUAAGCGGGCCACCGCCGUGUCUCCACCUCCAGACUUUUCCUUUUUCUCUCCUCUCAUCUGUGAAUACAUCUUUUUCCAUCAAAGAGAGACUCGCAGAUACACUCGACGUUUUGGCGCUUCCGCUCAAUCUGUUGACGAGAAAAAAAAAACGAUAACCACGCAGGAGCGGAGACAAACACACCAACUCACUGUCGGUUUGCCGUAGUUGAUGUAUCGUAUUUGAUCUCGGGAGGCGUGUGAUGUGAAAAACUCUUGAAAAAAAAUCAUGAAAAAUUCAAGCCAUCUUCAAGGUCCUUGGAGCGGGACCAAAGCUCGUGUACAGACUCUCGGAGAAGAAGAUUGACUGUCUCCCACAAGGCACCUGCCGGAUUUACCGACGCUGACCCCUAGAGGAAGGAGGACCAAACACGGUCUUCAGUGAUGUCAGAGGAGCCAGGACAGGACGGAGCGUAGCCUGAGCAUGUUACCUUGUGUUCGUUGUCUUCACGCUUCCAGUCGUCCUCGUGGCUUCUUCUUUGACCAUUCCCGGGACGGAGCGUCGUGAUGUUUUGUACCAGGGAUGCAAGGGACGUCCCCCCCCAAAAAACGCUCAGACUUUUCCUUGGCGGAUGCAUCCCAGAGAGAAAAGGACUUUUCUUUUGAGCUUUGGAAUCAUCUAGUCACACAUGGCACAUGUCCAUGUUGCGUUUAUCCGUGUGUGUUUCCGUGUUUGUGGGUUUUGCAUCCGUGUGUGAGUGUGUGUACGUAUGCUUGUGUGUCCUAGUGACCUUCUGUGAUCAUUACCUCGUCCUCCUCCGACUCGGCUGCCUAAAAGUCCCGUCUUACAUCAUCAUACGGAGCCAUGUUGUUGUGCGAACACUCGCCGGAGGGCAGGACGCGGACGUUUACUCGGACAUGACCAAAAUCGGCUUUGAGUGCAGGUUAAAGCCAGAUUUGGCCUCAGCUUUAGGUUGGGUUUGAAAUAGGGCUGGUGGGGUGACAUUUUCCCACAUCAAUUUUUGAUAGGUUUGGGUGAGGGCUUCUGUGGAGACUCAGAGUUUAGCUCUGUGUCCAUCUGCCAGAAAAGGAGUCCUCCAAGGGGACGACGGGCACAGAGUGCUGGAGUGUUUUUCAGCAACAGGUCUUGAGGGAUACUGUCAGAGUAAAAAAAAAAGUAUUGGGACACAGCUGUUAAUGAAGUGGACCAGCCAGAAGUGAACGACUUGUAAACUGAAACUAAAAUUCUUCUGCGUAUUGGCGCUCUUUUCUCACAUUAUCAAAGCCAUGUGGCCUCGCACCCUCUUGCUCCUCCCAGUGUCGUGUAACGCUGUCGUGCUUCGCUGUUUAGUGUGCUGUGCGAAAACCCGGCUGACGGCAAAAAAAAAAAAAAUAAUUGGGGUUUUUGAUUCAUCUGGGACAUGGAAUGGAUGUGAGUGUGAGUCAUGAGUCGUUACGGAUCAUCGAUCUGGCGGUCCCAAGGCUCCUUGACGCGCCCCCUCUCGUUUCCUCUCGUCAGCUCAUUUUGAGUCCACCUAACCGCCACGCUGCCACCUGGUUUUUAACCGCCACCGCCUUCCUCGUCUGUCUUUUUCAUGACUCAUGUUUCCCUGUCCUCCAUCUUGGCCCUCACCCUGGCUGUCUUGUGGUGAUGUGAAUGGUCGCGAUGGAGGUCUGCAUGCUUCUCAAUUAACACGAAUGAUGUCAACUCGAUGCAAAAUGACAUAAGCAACGCUCGGAGCUACAAAAAAAACAAUUCAAAUAAAAUGUUGAACUCAUUACUAAUACAACUAACGACCACGAUGAUGAUACGCGGGGCAAAUGUGUUUUUUCUCUGUGUCGGAAUUAAGAUGCGUAUUUAUCAAUUGGGGUUAUUUUUUAAAUAAAAAAGGGUAUAUUCAUAAUUAUGUUUUUUUGUUUGUUUUGUUUUUAAGCCGGGGCGCGAUUGUUUCAGUCCGGGAAGAGUGAAGCGAUGCUGUUGGAAAUAAAAGCUAUGUAUCAUGUA